AACCUACUAAACCCACAAUCACAGAACCUACUAAACCCACAAUCACAGAACCUACUAAACCCACAAUCACAGAACCUACUAAACCCACAAUCACAGAACCUACUAAACCCACAAUCACAGAACCUACUAAACCUACAGUACCUACUAAAACAAUAACAGUACCUACAGUACCCGUUGAACCUACUAAACCCACAAUCACAGAACCUACUAAACCCACAAUCACAGAACCUACUAAACCCACAAUCACAGAACCUACUAAACCCACAAUCACAGAACCUACUAAACCCACAAUCACAGAACCUACUAAACCCACAAUCACAGAACCUACUAAACCCACAAUCACAGAACCUACUAAACCUACAGUACCUACUAAAACAAUAACAGUACCUACAGUACCCGUUGAACCUACUAAACCCACAAUUACAGAACCUACUAAACCCACAAUCACAGAACCUACUAAACCCACAAUCACAGAACCUACUAAACCCACAAUCACAGAACCUACUAAACCCACAAUCACAGAACCUACUAAACCCACAAUCACAGAACCUACUAAACCUACAGUACCUACUAAAACAAUAACAGUACCUACAGUACCCGUUGAACCUACUAAACCCACAAUCACAGAACCUACUAAACCCACAACCACAGAACCUACUAAACCCACAAUCACAGAACCUACUAAACCCACAAUCACAGAACCUACUAAACCUACAGUACCUACUAAAACAAUAACAGUACCUACAGUACCCGUUGAACCUACUAAACCCACAAUCACAGAACCUACUAAACCCACAAUCACAGAACCUACUAAACCCACAAUCACAGAACCUACUAAACCCACAAUCACAGAACCUACUAAACCCACAAUCACAGAACCUACUAAACCCACAAUCACAGAACCUACUGAAUCGCCAAAAACACCAACCCCUAGUGUGCACAUAUAACUUUGUGAAGAUAUUUUAAAAGUAAAAUAAUUUGAUUACAAUAGUCCUGAACCCUAACCUGUUUUUAGAUCAUGGACUAACUAAUUCAAUAAUGAAUAAGAAUUUGCCAUAUAAUUAAAAUUCCGAUUAAGUAAAAAUAUUGAUAGAAAUGAUAUUGCUACUAUAUAUCACUUGAACUCCAACUAAAACCCCGAAGACUCUUCUUCAUUUGGUGACAGAGUUUUAGCUCUUUAAAUACAUGGAAAUAAAUUAAUAUUUUCUACUUACGACAUUAACUCCGAAAAUGUUGUCGCCAUAUCUGAAGUUAACUUUGAUUCUCGUAGAACCGAAGGAAAAUGGAUAUAAGUAUAUCACGCUUUCUCUCCUCUUUUAAAUAAAGUAUACGGUUUAAUUGAUUUCGGAUUCAAAUAAUCUGAAUUUAUACUCGAAAAUGCUAUUCAUUAAGAUUCUUCAGUAUAUCACCUUUUCGUUGGUUAAUCUUUUAAUUCCAGAAACUUUCCUGGUGAAAUCAAAAAUGUUUCCUUCUAUGUCGGAUCUGGUGCUUAUUAAGAAUCUUUCAAAAGUUCUGAAACUUGUUAAAAGGUUACUGUCCCAAAUACUAAUGUCCCUACUGUUCCUCCUACUAUUCCUCCUACUCAUCCAUAAACUCCAGUAACUAUUCCUACUGACCCUGUAGUACCUGUACCUGAAGAUCCCUCAAUUGAAAUUAUUAAAAUUGAAGAAUGUAUUUCUGAUACAAUCCUUAUUUAAGAAACUUUCUUCUACUAAUUCGAAUAGAGUCCUUUAACUAAAACCUUAGAUAUCGAAUGUGAUAAAAUUUCAGCUUACUCAGUCGAAGGUUACUUCAAGGUUUCUUCAGAAGUCGAAAAUAAAGAAUGGGCCACUGGUUUCCAUUUAACUUCUACUAGAAAAUUCGAAGAAAGUGAUCACGAAAAGCCCGGAGACAGAGUAUUAGCAUUCAUGGUUAUUGGAAAUAUAAUGCAUUUCUCUACUUAUGAUUUGAACACUUCUAAUACUAACUACUAUCAUAAUAUUCCUUUCGAAGAUUGUGAUUAAGAUAGAUGGAUUUAUGUUUAUUUCGGUUACUCCUUCUAAUUACAAAAGGCCUACUUAUAUACAUAAAUAGAAAGAAAAUUACCUGUUAUUAAAGUCUUCGAAAAUAUUAAACAUGAUCAUAAUGAUUUCUAUUAAAUCUUUGUUGGAUAAAGCUAUAACCAUAAAAACUUCCCUGGUGAAAUCAGAUAACUUAUUUUCAAGGCUAAUAGUUGUGCAUAUAUAGAAUAAGGUUUCGUUUUCUAAGUUCCUUAAGGAAAACCUAAUAACGUUGGUUUAGUAUAAAUGUCAAAAGGACUUUCAUUCAAAUCUAAAUGCAGUAAAUAAAAGAAAUUCUUAAGUUUAUGAAAAUAUUAUGUUUGAAAAAAAAAAUUUAAAAUAUUAUAAUAAUUCAAUUUUAUUUUAUUAAUAUUUUUUUUUAAGGUAUUUAUGUUUUUUUAUAUAUCACACAAAUUAUUUUUACAAUAAAUAUUUAUUUAC